UGGACCUGUUCGCCCGAGCAUCUUGCGUAAUUUUGAAUAAUAAUGAAAAACAAAAACCUCUUGGAAGAAAUUACCACGGCCGCAUCUCGGUCUGAUUGAGCCGUUCGCCGGCCGUGCCCCUCCAUAUUUGUCUCCGCUACAAGAGCAAAAUCGCCUCCUCCAACACGACGACGAAGCGGGGCAAGGGUCACAGAGAUGUUUUUGUUGCCCCGCAUAUUGUAAAUGCCGUAUUUCCCUUGGGGAUGUGCCGCGACGGCUAAGCUGCACGUGCGGAACUUGCUCUCUCUUGUCUCCCUUCUUUGUUUGUCUUGUUUUAUUUGUAGUUGCUCCUCACCACUGUUCCCUUGAGAUCUACCAACGUCUCGAGGAAAAGCUACAGCCCGAUACAACACCGGGUCAAUCGAUACAAGAACCACACACACCUCAACGCUCCAUAAAUCCAGAUCACCAACAACAACAAAAAACAACCAACCAGCAUGGCACCUCCAUUCCGCGCCGAGCACGUAGGCUCCCUGCUUCGCCCGCAGGACCUGCUCGACGUGCGUGCGUCCAUCGCCGCGGGCGGCGACGACUCCAAGCUUGAGGCCGUCGAGAAGGCGGCCGUCAAGGAGGUCGUGGACCUGCAGCGGUCGCUCGGCUUCAAGCCCGUGACGAGCGGCGAGUACGUCCGCACGCGCUUCUGGGGCCUCAUGUGGGACGAGUUCGAGGGCACCAAGCGCCUGCAGGACGCCGAGGCGUCCAUGUUUAGGCUCUACCACCCGGACGUCGUGUCGCUCAUCGAGCAGGACCGCAAGGUCAUGCCCGGCGACAGCGUCAUUGCCGGCACCAAGCUGUCCCACAGCAAGGAGAAGUGCAAGAGCAACCUGCACGAGCUGAAGCUGGUCCAGGAGAGCACGCCAAAGGAGGAGUGGGGGAACAUCAAGCUGACCAUGAUCACCCCGGCCUGGUUCCACAUGAGAUACAAACAGGGUCGCGCCUACACACCCGAGGCGUACGCCAACGAUGCCGAGUACUUUGCAGAUGUCGCCAAGGUGUACCAGGACGAGCUGCAGCAGCUGUACGAUGCCGGUCUGCGAAACGUCCAGUUUGACGACCCUGGCUUGGCUUACUUUUGCUCCCAAAAGUUCCGCGACGGCUGGGCCGAGGACAAGGACAACAUCGGCGAGGUGGACGACCUCCUGGACGCCUACAUCAAGCUGUACAACGACUCCAUCGCCAAGCUGCCCUCGGACAUGCACACGGGCGUGCACCUGUGCCGAGGCAACUUCAUCGGCGGCCGCCACUUCUCCGAGGGCUCGUACGACAUCAUCGCCAAGAAGCUGUUCCAGAACCUGAAGGUAAACACAUUCUACCUCGAGUACGACACGCAGCGCGCCGGCGGCUUCGAGCCGCUCAAGUACCUGCCCAAGGACAAGAACGUCGUCGUCGGUGUCAUCUCCACCAAGCUACCCGGACUCGAGGACAAGGACGAGGUGAAGCGCCGCAUCCACCAGGCCGCCGACUUUGUUGCCGAGGGCAGCGGCCAGACCCGCGACGAGGCCCUCAAGCGCAUCUCGGUCAGCCCCCAGUGCGGCUUCAGCACGCACGAGAGCGGAUACCCAUUGUCUAUCGACGAGGAGAAGGCCAAGUUGAAGCUGGUCCGCGACAUUGCUGAUGAGAUCUGGGGUGAGCCUUAGAUGGGGAUGUUGCUUGUCAGCUGCAAAUUUGAAGCUUUUUUUUUGGAUUUUUUUUGUUUCUCUUCUUUUCUUUUCUGGGUUUCUGUUUCUGGACAAAAUAAUUUUGUGAAUUGUUGGGAUAUAUGAGAAUUUUGUCUUUUGUUCGGUUUACUUUCAGGAUGAAGCGUGGUGUUGGGUGCAUUCAACAAGAACGGAAUAGGACCUGCUGAUGGUGUGCGACUCGAUGCUGACGGGGCUUCAUGGAUUCAACUUCCAUGACUUUUCAGGUCAAUGGCAUCUGCAGGGCGGCGGGUGAGUCGAGGGAUAGUAAUCAAGGCCAUCAACGAGAAGAACAAAAAAAAAGAAAUCAAGGGCUACUUGGUACGGUUCUUGGAUUUAAAAGGGUUUGGAAGUAAUAGGGAAAACAGCAUGCAAAUAAAAGGAUAUCAUGUGGCCAGCACAUAGUUUCUUUCUUAUUGACUACUGUUGAUACAAGUGCCUUGAGCCUAGCAACGAUCAUAGCCCAACGUAUAUCAUCAGCUCUGGCCUUUGUGAAGACAUAACUACUAAAAUGGGGAAACUAG